AUGACCGUCACGACCGCCCUUCCUGAGUGCUGGGGUCACCGCGGCGCAUCUGCCGCGUAUCCCGAGAAUACGCUCGCCAGCUUUGAAGCCGCCAUGCGCGACGGUUCCGAGGGCAUCGAGAGUGACGUCCAUGUCUCGCUCGACGACGUUGUUAUCAUGUUCCACGACCCGAAUCUUGAACGUACCACCGACGGCAAAGGUGUUAUCCGCGAACGUGUUUGGUUCGGUGAGGACGGCAUGGAGAAAGUUCGCACCUUGAAGGAACCGCGUCAAGCGAUACCGACCUUCGCGCAAACAGUCGACUUGCUGAUGAAGCCCGAGAAUCUCCACAUCAAGUUCAACGUUGAUGUCAAGGUCUUCAACGACCCGACGCGCCUCUUCACGCUACUCCAUAAGACCAUAUCCUCACAUGAGGGUUGGGAGGAGAAGCUGGCACCUCGCAUCUUGCUUGGUCUCUGGCAUCCGAAGUUUGUCGUUCCCGCCCAGGAGAUACUGCCGUACUGCAGGCGCUCGCACAUCGGUGCAAGCUCUGAGAUCGCAAACAAGUACUUCUUCGACGGCGUCGAUGCAUUCUCAAUGUGGUUCCCCGCGCUGUGUACGCCGGAGGGCCAGCGCUUCGUCCGCCACGCCAAGGCCAAGGGCAAGCAGGUCAUGGUUUGGACGGUCAACGACAAGUCGGAGAUGAUGGAGGCUGCACGCAUGGGCGUUGACGCCAUCUUGACGGAUGUGCCCAAGGUGUGGCUGAAACUUCGCGAGGAGUUGCAGUCUGACUACCUCUCCACGGAUCGCGCGCAUUCACGCCUGUUCUUGUGGUCUUCGCUGCGGUACUAUUCGGCUUACCAGACCGCGAUGAUGUGGGCGAUGGAGCGCAAGCUACAGUCUGUUGCUGGCACCUUCGAUGUUCCCAGCGGCGCGUCGGUGAAGGUUGCAUAG